GAGGAGGGCUGAGGAUGGAGGGUGUUCCCUCUUGCUUCUGCCUAUGUGUCAAGUGGCAGGAGAAAUUUUGAAAGCUGUAAGGAGGAGCUAGUGACUGGGUUUUGGGGUGUUUCGUACCCCACCCUCCCCACUUGUAGGAAAACCUCUUCACAUUCAGAGGUAAUUGAAUUGGAAGGAGGAGGACUGGCCUGGAAAUAGGAGAAAGCAAUUCUCCUGCUGCUCCUUCUGUCUUUUAUCGCUUUGCCUCCUGACUCUCCUCCAAACCCAGCUCAGCUGCGCCAAGGUGGCCGCAGCGUGCCCCGCACACGUGCCAGCCAUUGGGAAUCUGCUUAAGCCCAGGGUGGCAUCCCAAGCUGCCCUGCUAUCCAGCCACCAGUCCUGACCAUUGGGACCACUUCUGAUGGCUGCAGCCUCUGCUGCCCCAGGGAGCAUCUUCUGUAAGCAGCUCCUUUUCUGUCUCCUGGUUUUAAUAUUAUCUUGUGAUGCUUGUCAGAAAAUUUCUCUUCAAGUUCCUUCUCAUCUUCAGGCUGAAACACUUGUAGGCAAAGUGAAUCUGAAGGAAUGUUUCCCAUCCACCAGUCUAAUCCUUUCCAGCGACCCUGACUUCAGGAUUCUAGAAGAUGGCUCCAUUUACACAACACAUGACCUCAUUUUGUCUUCUGAAAGGAAGAGCUUUUCCAUUUUUCCUUCAGAUGGCCAGAGCCAGGAACAGAAAAAGAUAGAAAUUGUACUGGAUGUGAAAGGAAAGAAGGUUCCGAAGAAGAGGCACACCAGAGACACAGUUCUCAAACGCAGCAAGAGACGAUGGGCCCCUAUUCCCUGUUCGCUGAUGGAGAACUCAUUAGGUCCAUUUCCACAACAUGUUCAGCAGGUCCAGUCUGAUGCUGCACAGAACUACACCAUCUUUUACUCCAUAAGUGGACCAGGAGUGGACAAAGAGCCCUUCAAUUUAUUCUACAUAGAUAAGGACACAGGGGACAUCUUUUGUACGCGAAGCAUAGAUCGUGAGCAGUAUGAACAGUUUCCACUCUACGCCUAUGCCACAACAGCAGACGGUUAUGCCCCGGAGUACCCACUCCCCUUGCUGUUCAAAGUUGAAGACGAUAAUGAUAACGCUCCCUAUUUUGAAAACAAAGUGACUAUCUUCAGUGUGCCUGAAAAUUGUAGAACUGGAACUUCAGUGGGACAAGUGACUGCCAUAGACCUUGAUGAACCAGACACUCUCCAUACUCGUCUGAAAUACAAAAUCUUACAGCAAAUCCCAGAUCAUCCAAAGCAUUUCUCCAUACAUCCGGAUACAGGUGUCAUCACCACAACUACACCUUUACUGGAUAGAGAACAUUGUGAUACAUACAAGUUAAUAAUGGAAGUGCGAGAUAUGGGGGGCCAACCUUUUGGUUUAUUUAAUACAGGAACAAUUACUAUUUCACUUGAGGAUGAAAAUGACAAUCCACCAUAUUUUACAGAAACUUCUUAUUUUACAGAAGUAGAAGAAAACAGAAUUGACGUUGAGAUUUUACGAAUGGCGGUACACGACCAGGACUUGCCAAACACUCCUCACUCAAAGGCUGUCUACAAGAUCCUACAGGGAAAUGAAAAUGGAAACUUCAAAAUUAGCACAGACCCCAAUACAAAUGAAGCAGUCUUGUGUGUUGUCAAGCCAUUGAACUAUGAAGUGAAUCGCCAGGUUGUUUUGCAAGUUGGUGUCCUUAAUGAAGCACAAUUCACUAAAGCAGCAAAUUCAAAAACUCCUACUAUGUGCACUACAACUGUCACUGUUAAAAUUAAAGACAGCGAUGAGGGUCCUGAAUGCCAACCGCCAGUGAAAGUUAUUCAGAGUAAAGAUGGCCUCCAAGUUGGACAAGAAUUGCAGGGAUACAAAGCGUUGGAUCCUGAUACACGCAGUAGUGAAGGCUUAAGGUAUAAGAAGAUAGGAGAUGAAGAUAACUGGUUUGAAAUUAAUGAACACACUGGUGACUUGAGAACUAUAAAAGUACUAGAUAGAGAAUCAAAAUUUGUAAAAAACGACCAAUACAACGUUUCUGUGGUUGCAAUGGAUACAGAUGGCAGAUCUUGCACGGGAACAUUAGUAGUUCUUUUGGAAGACUUUAAUGAUCACCCACCACAAAUUGAUAAGGACGUGACAAUUUGUCAGCAUGAUAAGGAUUACGCUGUGCUGGAACCUGUAGAUGCUGAUGGACCGGAGAAUGGUCCACCUUUUCAAUUCUUUCUGGAUAAUUCUGCCAACAAACUUUGGAAUUUAGAAACAAAAGAUGGUAAAACUGCCAUUCUCCGUCAGCGGCAAAUUCUUGAUUAUAACUAUUAUACUGUGCCUCUCAUAAUAAAAGAUAGGCAUGGCUUAAAUGCAAAACACAUGUUAACAGUGAGAGUAUGUGACUGUACAACUCCAUCAGACUGUAAAAUGAAUAUGAAAAAUGUGAGAGAUGUUAAGCCAAAUGUAAUACUUGGAAGAUGGGCUAUUCUUGCCAUGGUGUUGGGUUCUGCAUUGCUGUUAUGUGUUCUGUUUGCUUGUUUCUGUGUUACUGCUAAGAGAACAGUAAAGAAGUGUUUUCCAGAUGUAGCCCAACAAAAUUUAAUUGUGUCAAACACUGAAGGACCUGGAGAAGAAGUGAUGGAAGCAAAUAUUAGACUCCCCACACAGACAUCCAAUGUUUGUGACACAAGCAUGUCUGUUGGCACUCUUGGUGGCCAAGGAAUCAAAACACAGCAAAGCUUUGAGAUGGUAAAAGGUGGCUACACUUUGGAUUCCAGCAAAGGCGGUGGACAUCAGACCUUGGAAUCUGUCAAGGGAGCAGGACAGGGAGUAAUGGAGGCUGGAAGAUACACAUAUACCGACUGGCACAGCUUCACCCAACCUCGGCUUGGUGAGAAGGUGUACAUGUGUGGACAAGACGAGGAGCAUAAACAUUCUGAAGACUACGUGCGUUCGUAUAACUACGAAGGGAAAGGGUCUAUGGCGGGCUCUGUAGGCUGCUGCAGUGAUCGGCAGGAAGAAGAAGGGCUUGAGUUUCUAGAUCACCUGGAACCCAAAUUUAGGACGCUAGCAAAGACAUGUGUCAAGAAAUAAAUGUGUGUUUUAACAGAGAAACAUCUACAAAUGCAUAUGUAGGAGUUUGUUGAAUGUAAAUUGAUAGCAGCAUCUGCUAGUAUUUUGUUUAUUGGAAGUAAACUUUGAGUCAUGUAUAGAUAAGGAUGCUAUAAAUACAAGGCUCCCUGAAAUUCACCUCGUCUCACGUAACUUCCAUAUUCUCUAGAAAGAAAAGUUUCGUGUGUUAAUUUUCUUUUCUAUGCAUGUAUAUAUCGCCCUUUUCAGGACUCUACCAAUGUGCGUUCUUGCAUCUUCUAUUUGAAAACUUAUGUUACUCUCUAUGCUACGGAAGCGUGCGGUGGGAGAGCUGGGUAUUGUCGAGGCUAAUAAAAAAUGCAUUUUAAUUUGAGAUGAAAAUUAGAUAUUUUCCUUCAAAAUUCUGGGGAGAUUGUUCUUAGAAAUCCUCUUAGAAACACUGUCUUUGGUGCCAGAGAAUUGAUUUCUCUACCUGAGUGGCUGUGUAUUGAAGGACUUUCGUAUUCUUUGGUUCAGUCUUCAGUUUGGGAAAUAAGUCCUCAUUUCUCACUACACUUUUCACACUGCGGAGAUGUUCUCAGCACUGUUGCUUUCAGGAGUCUUCAGCGCUUGGUCCUUGGAUCUCUGCCCAUAUGAAUCCAUAUUCAGGUUCCUACAGCUUCUAGGUUUGUCGGAAAGGCAUGGACCAGAACAAGCCCAUAAUAAUGUGAGCCAGAGAUUUUAUAAGGAUCAGAUGGGAGAAUUUCCAAGAAAGAAUUGCAACCUUGAUGCCCAUGGUGUGACUUAGACUCAAUAAUAGGUUUUGUUUGCCUACCGGGAUGUAUUAUUACCUUUUUAAAAUAUAAAUACCUUGACAAGAGCAUGCACUGUCUAGUUUGGCAGAGGCUCGCCAUCUUCAAGCAUUUGUAAAACCAGCCUGGCAGGCAUUAGAUUUGCAAGCCUGAGACACGGUGCUUAGCCUUUUAAAUAUGGUAAAAAUGGAAUGAGGAUCCAUAUUGGAAUUUAACACUCUGCCUACCUUGGUAAUUACUUUAAGAAAAUGGAAAAUCAGAAAUACUGAAUUUCUAGCAUGUAAAUGUUAAAACAUGGAAAUCUAUGAAAGCAACACUCAACCAAACAUUUGUUGAAAGAUGGAUAAAUGAAUGAACACAUGAGUUAAUAAAUUAUUUUGAAUGUGUAACAUUUUAAUAGGCUAUUAUAUUGUAUUAAUUUAGAAAGCAGUUAUAUAUUUAAAUAAUAUUUUAAUAUUAUUUUUUGUGCCAAAACUCUCUAAAUUUGCAGACAAUAGCAGCAUAUAUUCCAUGGAAAUAUGGAACUCUCUAAAUUUGUGCCAAACUCUCUAAAUUUGCAGACAAUAGCAGCAUAUAUUCCAUGGAAAUUUCUCAUUCAGACCAAAAAACUGUUUCAUUUUCUUUAAUUUAUUAACUAGUUAACUAUUGAAAAGAGUAUUUGAUUUUUAAAAAAUUCUGUAAUUAUUCUUCUUAUUCUCAAUCACAGCUUCUGAUUAAAGCUAUUUCUUGAUGUGAAAUUGAGUAUUAAAGCAGAAUAUAAAAGUAGUUCUAAUAAAUAAAUAUUUUAUUUUAUAGGAUGUCCAUAAUAUACAAUUUUUAUAGCAACUGUAGGUAAAAUUAUUUUUGAGGGUAAUGCAAUUUAUGUUGUCUGAGGUAUACAUUACUCUGACAAUGGUACCAGUUCAGAAAUUUUUAAGUAUAACAUUAAAAAUUUGGAAAUGAAUCACGCCAUGUUAUAUUGUUGAAUGUAGGUGCAGAACAUUUUCUGAGCAAUUAAAAACUAUUAGCCAAACAUUAAUUUAUAUGUGUUUGUUUAUGUUUUCAUUUCUUAUAUUUACUUAAAUAGGAAAGGGAAACUUUAUAUACUUUAUAACAUAAAGUAUAAUUAAAAGCCAAAAGUUAUCAAAAUAAGACACCCUAAAGUAUUACCAGAAUUGUUAGAAAGUACGGAAAAUGAAUUUGUAUUAAGCAGUUUUGGCUAGCUUAAAUAUUUUCAAAUAUUAUUAAAGUUUAUCUACAAAGGAAGUAUGAUUUGUCUUUCUUUAGGAAACCCAUGUUCUCUGUUUACAGUCAAAACUAAAUGUUAUUUGUAUGACUGAUAAAAUUUAUAAAACUCCACUGGCCUGUUUACCAAUUGAGUUGGUUAAUAAAACAUUGUAUUAUCUUUA